AUGUCUUUUCCUACUGUGAUCCUGGGGGCGGGUAUCAUCGGCGUUUCGACGGCCUACUAUCUUUCGGAACACCAAGAUCCAGCGACCAUUCACCUGGUUGAACCGUCCCCUGAACUCUUUUCUUCGGCUUCGGGCUUUGCGGGGGGAUUCCUCGCUAAGGAUUGGUUCGGGCCUUCACUGUCAGCUCUUGGGGCCCUCAGCUUCGAGGAACACCGCCGCCUCGCAGAAGAGCACGGUGGGCGGGAGACAUGGGGCUAUUCGCCGGCCACAUGCGUCAGCUACGCAGCAUCGGCCAUCGCGCACGAUUCCCAAGCACGGGGCGAUGACUGGCUACGUUCUGGGACCAGCCGUGCGGAUGCGGCUCCGGUGGUCCUGGACUCGCUGUCCGGGAAGUCACCGACUUGGCUGCGGAGGGUAGACGGCGACCAUAUCGAGCGCAUUAGCGAUGAGGGCACUACCGCACAGGUCGAUCCCCUUUUGCUGUGCCAGUUCCUCCUGCGAGAAUGCCUCAAGCGCGGGGUGAAGCUACAACACCCGGCCAAGCCGGUUGCCGUGGUCACCGAUGGGAACGGCGAGCUGGCCGGUAUCCGCAUCACUGACACCAAGUCUUUCACGGAAUCGAAGCUGCCCUGCACACGACUGGUCAUCACGGCCGGAUCAUGGACGGGACAGGUAUUCCAGAUACUGUUUCCUCAAUCGAAGCUUGAGGUUCCCAUCAAGAGUUUGGCCGGGCAUUCGCUGGUUCUAAAGUCGCCGCGGUGGCAUGCCGGGCUCGAGAACAACGGGUGCCACGCCAUUUUCACCGCGCACAACGAGGGGUUCUGCCCGGAAAUGUUCUCCCGGAUCGGGGGUCAUAUCUACUUUGCAGGUCUCAACUCGUCGACACUGCCGCUCCCGGACGCGGCGGAGGGGAAGGCAACGCCGUACGCCGAAAACCUCGUGCAGCUCCGACAAGUUGCCAGGGACAUCCUCGGGUCGGGAACGAUUGAGGAUGAUUUGGAGAUUGUUCGGGAAGGGUUGUGCUUCCGGCCCAUCACCCCCUGGGGCACACCGAUUAUUUCUAGAUUUCGGGACGAGGACUUGGGUGUUAGUACGGCGACAAGGCCAGGGGCCGAAGGUGGGGUGUUUGUUGCGGCCGGUCACGGACCGUGGGGUAUUGCCAUGAGUCUUGGUACAGGUGUGGUGUUGGCCGAGAUGGUUCAGGGACGGGAGACCAGCGUGGAUGUGAGCGGAUUGGCUUUUGAUGGCGACAGGAUGAGGGAGCUAUAUGCGAAUUAA